GCCUUACAGCUCGUACGAUGCUGCUGAGGAACGUGAAUUUCCCUCGUCCUCGCAUCGAACGACAAUACCACUCGUCGGCACUAUAUAUCUGCUGACCGGGCAUGCCCCGCUGCUGCCACGACUGUCUGAGCCACUGAAAAACAGCACACCAGCUCUCAAUGGCGCGCACCAAAGCUGUCGCGCGCAAGACGCCAACUGACGACGCGCAUGGCUACGAAUUCGGCGGACCUAUUGGCGCAUCGCUGAUCUCCUUCGGUCUGCCCAUCGCCUGCUACGCCUUUGGCUUCCUGUGCAACGACGUGUCUGGUUGCCCACCACCUUCGCUGCUUUCGCCCAGCAAGCUCUUCACGCCGCCCACCCUUUCCAACAAGGCUCCGUGGCAGCAUGCCCUGGACACCCUGAAGAGCGAGGUCGGCUGGCCUGGCUGGGCGGGACUGAUCAACACUGAGGCUGUUUUGGGCACGUUGUUCUGGUAUGGACUCAGUGUGCUGCUCUGGAUCCUGCUUCCUGCACACGAAGUCGAGGGCACCGAGCUGAGGACGGGCGGACGCCUGAAGUACCGCUUCAAUGCUUUCCUCUCCGCAGUCACCAUCUUCAUCGCAUGCGCCGCAGGCACCAUCGUUCGAGGACCCGAUUUCGCAGUAUGGACCUUCAUCAACCGCAACUACAUCCAGCUGCUCACUGUCAACAUCAUCAUUGCCUACGCCCUCGCCAUCUUCGUCUACAUCAAGUCAUUUGAGGUCAAGCCAGGCAACAAGGAGCAGCGCGAGUUGGCAGCAGGGGGUCACACUGGAAAUAUUUUGUACGAUUGGUACAUUGGUCGCGAGCUCAAUCCUCGCGUGACCAUCCCUUUUGUCGGCGAGGUGGAUAUCAAGAGCUUUAUGGAGCUCCGUCCCGGCAUGAUUGGUUGGGUCUUGCUUGAUCUUGCCUUUGCAGCCAAGCAGUACAAGAGCUAUGGCUACAUUACCGACUCCAUGCUGAUUGUGAUUGUCUCGCAAGCCGUCUACGUUUUUGACGCGCUCUACAUGGAGCCUGCUAUCUUGACCACAAUGGAUCUCACCACAGACGGCUUUGGCUUCAUGCUGUCGUUCGGCGACCUAGUCUGGGUACCUUUCAUCUACUCGAUUCAAGCAAAGUACCUCAGUGUACACCCAGUCGCUCUUGGACCAUUCUAUGUCCUGAUCAUCCUGGCUAUUCAGGCUACUGGCUAUUACAUUUUCCGCGCGACCAACAACGAGAAGAACGUGUUCCGUACCAAUCCAAAUGACCCCAAGGUGGCUCACCUCGAAUACAUCGAGACGGCGACCGGCUCUCGUCUGCUGACAACUGGCUGGUGGGGAGUCGCCCGUCAUAUCAAUUACCUUGGCGAUUGGUUGAUGAGCUGGUCUUACUGUCUUCCAACUCUAGCUGCCGGUUACAAGCUGACGCCCACGAUCCUGUUUGAAGGCUCCCGCUUGGUUUCAACAGAUGGCAUGAAAGGAGCUGCCAUUCCUAUCACGUACUUCUACAUGCUGUACUUUGCCAUCUUGCUCAUUCAUCGUGAGAUGCGCGACGAGGCGAAGUGUCGACGCAAAUACGGUGCGGAUUGGGAGAGGUAUUGCAAGAUUGUCAAGUGGAGAAUCUUGCCUGGCGUGUAUUGAGCGCGUGGCACGAAGGACGGGAGUAUUGGCAGUCAUAUUGAGCAAUUCAGGAGACAGAUGGUGAAAUGAAUUUCCACAAAAC